AUGCCUGUGGAAAAAGUUGAAGCUUAUAGAGCCUUUAUUAAGCAUGUUAAAUCUUUACAAGUCAAUGUGCCAUUUGUAGAAACGAUGCUCAAAACACCCAAGUACUUCAACUUACUAAAAGGUCUCUUUGCUGCUAGGAAAGACUUGGCUGAAGUCGUAGAAAUAAUAUUGAGUGAGCUACCCGAAAAGAAGGGCGACCCGGGGAGUAUCAUAAUUCCAUGCCAGUUUGGAAAUGCAAUUGUCCCUCAAGCGUUGACCGACUCGGGUGCUAGCAUCAAUUUGAUGCCUUUCUCUUUCUUUAAGAAGCUGAAUUUACCGGACGCAAGAUCGGUAAACAUGAAGAUCCAUUUGGCAGACAAGACAACAAUUCAUCCACGAGGCGUUUGUGAGGAUCUUCUCAUUAAAGUCGACAAGUUCAUAUUUCCAGUAGACUUUGUGGUGGUUGACAUGAAAGAAGACCCUGAAAUUCCGAUUAUUUUGGGGAGGUCAUUUUUAAGCACCGCAUGUGCUUUAGUUGAUGUAUGUGAGUCUACACUAACGUUGAGGGUAGGAGAUGAGUCGUCAAUAUUUAGAGUUGUACUAGAAGCCAAGCAAGAAGAGGAAAGAAAAGAAGAGAUCUCAUUUAUCCAUUUGGAUGACGAGAUACUACAAAAAGAACUUGCACUUUUGCAAGAAGAAGAUCCAAGCAAGUUUUUACUACCUUCUGGAGAGGAUGGAGAUGCUAACAAGGACUUGGAGGAGAUAUAA